AUGGAUGAUUCGUCCAAUUCAUGUGUGAGGAAGGCUAUAGGAGGCAGUUGGCUCUCUGUAAGUCAAGGAAUUUCAGAGGAUACAUCUGAUCUUGUAUCAGGUUUUGCAACAAUUGGGGAUGGGUUGAGUGAAUCAGUUGAUUAUCCAAAUGAAUAUUGGGACUCUGAUGAAUAUGAUGAUGAUGAAGACGUUGGGUACAUGAGACAACCCAUUGAGGAUGAGGCCUGGUUUUUGGCCCAUGAAAUUGAUUACCCCAGUGAUAAUGAAAAGGGGACAGGGCAUGGAAGUGUUCCAGAUCCUCAAGAAAGAGGUACAGCCAAAGAUGAGGAGGAUGAUCAAUCUUUUGCUGAGGAGGAUUCUUAUUUCUCUGGUGAGCAAUAUAUUCUACCAAAAAAUGUUGAGCCGGUCACUUCAGACGAUCCUAUUGGUCUAACGAUUACUGAAAUUUAUGGAAGAACCAAUGGUGAUGAUGUAAUGACUCAAUAUGACACACAACUGAUGGACAUUGAAGAACUGAAUCUGAUGCAUAUGGAACCUGUCAGGCAGGGCUUUGUCACUCACCAAAAUGACCUCAUCAUGCUGGGAGAUGGGAAGGCUCUGACUCAUAGUGCAAGGCCACGAAUUGAGGAUGUGGAAGAUGAUCAACAUGGUUCUGUUAGAUCAAUUGGAGUGGGGAUCAACAGUGAUGCUGCUGAUAUUGGUAGUGAAGUGCAUGGAAGUUUGAUUGGUGGUAGUAGUGAGGGGGAUUUAGAAUAUUUUCGUGAUCAUGAUAUGCACAAUGACUCCAAACGCACUUAUCAGGAUUUGGAUAAGAGUUCUAGCAACAAAUCAAUAAAAAAUAAUAAGAUAACUGACAAGAAUGAAUCAAAUAAAUAUGUCAUAGACAGUGAUAUGUAUGCAUGCUCACAGAUAAAAACACAUACCGAUGGGAACUUUUCAUUUCCCCAAUCUGUUAGAGAUGGCCAGAUAGAUCAGGCUGGUUCCAGUAAGUCUGUAUGGGAGAGUAGUUGUAAUGUAGAUGAAACUGAAGAGUGUCUUAAUGCCUUUGUGGGCUCUGAUGACAUGCUUUCAUCUUGGAGGCGGAAGAGUAUUGAUUCUUCGCCUGUAAAAAGUUCUAGGGGUGAGAAUAAUGCUAUUGUGGUAAGAUCCAGAAAUUCUUCUCCAACUACAGUCUCAAAUUACGGGUAUACGGAUGGGGAACAUGUCAAAUUAGAAAAAGAUGAAAAGAAUAGUGUUGUAAGGGAAGACGAUAUAGGUGCAUCACUAGAAGAUGAAGAGGCAGCUGCUGUGCAAGAGCAGGUACGGCAAAUAAAGGCCCAGGAGGAGGAAUUUGAAACUUUCAAUCUAAAGAUUGUGCACAGGAAAAACAGAACUGGCUUUGAGGAGGACAAGAAUUUUCAUGUUGUUUUAAAUUCCGUAAUAGCUGGGCGGUAUCAUGUCACUGAGUAUCUUGGGUCUGCUGCAUUUAGCAAAGCUAUACAAGCUCAUGACCUGCACACAGGCAUGGAUGUUUGUGUUAAAAUUAUAAAGAACAACAAAGACUUCUUUGAUCAAAGCCUUGAUGAGAUCAAGCUUCUUAAGUAUGUCAACAAGCAUGAUCCUUCAGACAAGUUCCACCUUCUAAGAUUGUAUGAUUAUUUCUAUUAUAGAGAACAUUUGUUAAUAGUAUGUGAACUGCUUAAAGCCAACUUAUAUGAGUUUCAUAAGUUUAACCGAGAAUCAGGGGGGGAAGUGUAUUUCACUAUGCCGAGGUUGCAGUCAAUCACCAUUCAGUGUUUGGAAGCACUGCAAUUUUUGCACAGUCUUGGACUAAUACAUUGUGACUUGAAGCCAGAGAAUAUUUUGGUUAAAAGCUAUAGCAGAUGUGAAGUGAAGGUCAUUGAUCUUGGAAGUAGUUGUUUUGAGACAGAUCACCUUUGUUCGUAUGUUCAGUCCAGGUCUUAUCGUGCUCCUGAAGUUAUUUUGGGGCUUCCAUAUGAUAAGAAGAUUGAUAUCUGGUCACUUGGAUGCAUCUUGGCAGAACUUUGUACUGGCAAUGUUCUCUUCCAAAAUGAUUCUCCUGCAACAUUACUUGCUCGGGUGAUCGGGAUCAUUGGCCCAAUUGAUCAAAGUUUACUUGCCAAAGGACGGGAUACAUAUAAGUACUUCACAAAAAACCAUAUGCUUUAUGAACGGAAUCAGGAAAGCAACAGAUUAGAAUACUUGAUUCCCAAAAAGACAUCAUUGAGGCAUAGAUUACCCAUGGGAGACCAAGGCUUCAUAGACUUUGUUGCACAUUUGCUCGAGGUUAUAGCUUCUACGUUAUUAGAUCUUGCACGGGGUUUGAUACCAAGUUGGAAGCACCAGUUAAAAGCAAAGCUGGUGGCAAUGUGUGAGACUCACUCAACACUUGCAAAUUUCCUUUAUUUUGGGUUGGAAGCAACCAAAGUGUAUCUUGAUGGUGUCGUGUAG